AAUUAUAGCUCCAAAAAAGAAAGUAAGAAAAAAAGAAUAAAAUCCGUGUAAAGAUAAUUUGAAAACGAAUACAUUCCCGAGUCUUAAAAUUUUUUAAAUCGUUUUUUCGCAGAAAUAUCGAUUGUUGAACUUUUCGAUUGUCUGAUGUCUGCUACAUUCACACUCAUAAAAGUAUAAACUUAUACUUUAUAUUUUGGUUAUUAAUAAAAAUUUUAUAUAACAAAUAUGAAAAAUAAUUUUAUCAUUGUAAUGAAAUAAAAAAAUAUAUAAAAAGUCAUUAUUAGAAAGUAAGUUCUGAAACAAUCAGAAACAAAAGAAUAUAUAAGUAAAUUUACUUAAAUCUAUCGGGUCAUUGAUGACAGAAGAAAAGAAUUCAUAAAAAUGUCAGGUUAUGCAAGUGAGGAUGAAAUUCAAAAACUGAGAGCCGCAAUUACAAAAGGUGAUGAAGAUGAGGUACGUAAAUUUUUAAGCGGCUUUCAAGAACAAGAUAAAAUAUUGUCAGCAAUAUUAAAGUGGGAUGAAGGUUAUGAUUUUUUACGGGUGUCAUUGAAAGAAAAAUGGCGGGAAAUAGGAAUAUUGCUUUUAAAACACGGCGUCGAAGUUAAUAAAAUAAAUUGCAGACAAACUCACAACUCGCCUCUAUUCUGGGCAAUUUUAAACGAAGACAUUGAAAUAGUUGAGAUGAUAAUCGCAAAAGGAGCGGAUGUUAAUUACAAAAAUUCUUCCGGUAAAUUGGCUAUUUUUGGGGCCGUUGAAAAAAACAACCAAGAGUUGGUUAAUUUAUUAUUAGCUCAGAAAAAUGUUGUCGUUAAUUCUAAAAAUAUAUAUGUGCCUCUUGAAGCCGCUGCUAAAGUCGGAAACCAAAAGAUAUUUGAUUCACUUGUCCGUCAGGGUGCGACUGCCAACACAAGUUACAGUCCUGGUGAAACCAUUUUCCAAAUUGCUGUCGAACGCGGGUACUUGAGUACAGUAAAAAAUAUUUUAAAUGAACAUUCAAAUCUUCAUGAAGACAUUGGAAAUAAAAAUUUACUCGCGUCUGCAAUAAUUGGCUGCGGAGAUGAAUACAAGGAAAUUGUAAAUCUUCUUACCGAUCACGGUUUUGUAGUUGAUCCUGAUUACAUAAAUAACAAUAAAUUAGUUGCUGCUGCUGUUUACAAUAAAUAUUAUAAAAUAACUGAAGAUCUUUUAAAAUUAGGCGCUGCAGUUAACGUUGUAAGCGAUUUCCACAAAAGUACACCUUUGAGAAUAGCUUGUGAAAAAAAUUCUGAAGAUUUUGUUAAAUUGUUACUCAAGUAUGGAGCUGAUGUAAAUUUUAAAGGCCAAUAUAAUAUGACUGCUUUAUAUGAGGCCGUCAGAAAUUCAUACUUCGAAAUAACUAAAUUACUCUUAGAUAAUAACGCAACUAUUGGUGACCAAGGUCUUUUGCACAACGCGGUGUUAAGAGGAUCCACAGAAAUCGUAAGAAUUCUACUUGACCGCGGCGCUAAUAUACACGGUAUAAAUUCCUAUGGUAUGUCAGCACUACACCGCGUUACAUAUAUCACUGAAUGGAAUAAAACCAAAGAAGGCGUCGAAAUAGCCAAGUUACUUUUAGCUAGAGGCGCGAAUUUAAAUUUAAAAAAUCAAGAUGGUGAAACACCAGUUGUUUGUGCUGUCAAAAAUGAAAGAAGUCACAUUUUAAAAGUAUUCAUUGACAACAUGGAACACGUUGACAAUCCUUGUGUUAAUGAUAUGCCACUGCUGCAUUACGCAUCCUCACUUGGAAAAGCUCAAUGUGUGAGAGCUAUUCUCAAGUGCAAAGCAAAGGUUAAUCAUCCGACAAAAGUAACUCUUAAAACGCCCCUUCAUUUUGCUGUAUCCUCAAAUAAAGUCUGUGAAAUUUUGAUUAAAGUAAAUGCUAACGUUAAUGCUAAAGACUGGAAGGGUAGAACUCCGUUACAUUAUUGUAUACUAGAAAAAGCUGAUUUAGAUGUAGUUGAAACACUUCUUAAAAAUAAUGCCGAUGUUGACUGUUUGGACGAAGAUGAAUUGACGCCUUUAGUUAUGGCCGGUAAGACUAAUCGCCCGGAAUAUAUCGAUAUUCUUUUAAAAUAUCAAGCUGAUGUUAAAUCUGUUUCUCAAAGCGGUAAGACGGCUCUACAUUAUUUUUCUAAGCGCGUUAAUGAGGUUGGAUUCAGAAAGUUAUUGAGUUAUAAUGCUGAUGCCGAUAAAGAAUGGGUCAAAAAUCGAAGCCCUUCUUCGUACUUUGUAAACGUUCAUCGGUAUUACCGAAAUUAUAAUAAUAAUCAUCAACGAAAUAACCGACGGUUAUCACAAGCUGAAAUUAUUGAAAAAUUACAGCAGUGUAAAAGUAUUAUUAGAUGUCACGCAGCGCACAUAGCUAGACUUUAUGUACUUGACUAUUUUGUUAAAGCAAAAGAAUCGAUGUGGGACAAAGCAAAAGAAACUGAAGACAAAUUGAACACUGAAUUUUGUAAUGACGUUAAAAUCAUUCCUAAAAACUUCCUAGUUUCGUGUAAAGAAGAACUGAAUAAGAUGAAAAGAGAAAGAAUUGGUACUAGUGGUGUUAAAUUUUUCUCUUUGUUUGAAAGAUCAAAUCAUCAGAUCGCGAGAUUAGCGCAAAAUGAGAGCAUCGAACAAGUUUUCAAAUCUGAUGUUAUGAAGGACAAGUUUCCAGUUUACAAUGACAUGCUGGAGGCACGAAUUAAAUUGGCAUUACACAGAAAAGAAAUUAUUGAUAAAGAUGAGGAGUCUUGUAUUUAUGCGUUUUUUGGAGGCGUGCCUCAAAAUUGUUGCGAAGAAAUUUUUGAUUAUUUAGACACUAAAAGUUUGAAUAAUUUUAUCACCGCGAGUAAAACUGCUGUAAAGUUACGAGAGUUUAAACCGCCGAGAAGUAAAUCUGGUCCUCGAGUUAAGAGAAUGAGAAAAGUUUAAUCUUUUAUUUUUUUUAUCAAUGGUCGCUACUUAAAUGUGUGAUUUUCUAUAUUUACAUUCCAUGACACUAGUUAAUUAUUCACAUGAAUAAUUAAUAUCAUUUAUCAAUAGUAAAUACUAUUUAUUAUUUUAAAAUAAAAAAAAAUUAUUUUUAACUAAAAAAUGUAUAAAAUUACAAAUAUUUUCUCAAGUAUACUUGUAACGUACAUUAAUUUUUAGUAUGCAAGUAUCUUAAGUUUGUAUCCGUAUAAAAAAAAAUCUAAACUUCAAAAAGUGACACAACGGAUUUUUCUUAAACGAUUUUUCAACUUCUGAAAAUACAGAAAGGAAAACAAGACUUGUUACUAAAAAUCAAAAUUUUUAGACUCUUUUGUAAACUUUUUUUGAUUCUCCGUUAAAAGUGAUGAAUUUUAUUAUUUUUUCAGCGCGAAAUACUGUCAGUUUUUCAAAAUUUGAAAAAAGUUUGAUGUUGUGUCAAAUUUUGAAGUUUAGAAUAGCUACCGCGUUUUCAAUAAUUUUCUUACGGAAUAGUAUUAAUAAGUUUGUUCUUUUUUUUUCUUUGAUGUAAAAAUAACCUGAUUUUUAUAUUUACUUAACUUUAUUUCAUCUAAUUAUUUAAAUUAGAGAAUAAUAUGUAAACAAAUUCCAUAAUUAAAUGGGAUAUAUAUUUAAUACUUCACUAAAACCAUUAAUUUUUAUGAUGACUUAAAUGAUUAGAUAAGUUUUGAGUCAUAAAUUAUUAUUUCAUAUGAUCAUUCAUCAAGAGGUUGGAAGGUUCAUAAAUAUCACUUAUUUUUUUAAAAAUGUCUGAUAUAUUAUUUUCAUCUGCUGUCUAUAAUAAGGACAAUAUAUAUGUAAUAUUUAUGUCUCAAAUGUUAUUAGUUUAAUGUUAAAAAAAUAUUUUUAUAC